GCAGCACAUACCCGGCAUCCCCCAUUCUCUGAGCGAGAUUCUCCCAGCAGCAACUACUCCAUCCACAACACCUAUUCAACUGCCUACUUUAUUAUCCAUGCUCCAAGCAAGCAGUGCCUCAGGCUGCCCUAUGAUGCAUAGUCGCUCGACUAGCAUGCAGUCCCAGCCACUUUACACCAUCGUUGUCGAGCAGGGCAAGAACCCCGACAGGGAUGGCUUCAUCGUCGCGACUACCACCACCGACACAGAUCUGACCCAGUUCAGCGCCGAAAUAGCAAAGCGCAUGUCAACCGACAUCUCUGUCCACCCCUCUGCCAUAGAACUCGUCGAUGCCGAUAGCAACGCUGUCAAGACCAUCGAGCAGCUAGCGCAAUCGCGCGUUGUAUUUCUUACCACACCACUUGACGUCCGAGAAGCACCUAUGGUCCCAGGCUACCCUCUGGUGGGCAUCCUGCCGCAUUUCAUCAACGGCAUCCGCCCGGCGCUCGAGAGAUUCUACGCCGAUCACGGCGACACAUUCGUCGGCCAUGGGUUCUUUCUGCGCGGGUACAUGACGCGCAACUACGAGAUUGCCAACCUUUUCAUGACCGACGACGAGCAUUUUGACAAGAACAUGGAGUACCCAUUCGUGGAAGGCAAGUUCAUUGGCGGCGAAGGGCUGCUGACGUCGCGGUCCGAGAGCAAGGAGUGGCAGAUUUCGCACCGCAUGCUGAUGCCCGCGUUUUCUGCCAGCGCCAUGAAGUUGUAUUCGCACCAGAUGGUCGGCGUGGUCGAGGAUGCAUGCUCGUUCUUGUCACGCAAUGUAGGCAAGUCGCUCGAUAUGGUUGAUGUUGCGUACAACAUGACGUUCCAGAUCAUUACCCGCGUUGGAUUCAGCUACGAUCUCCAUAUUUUUGACGAUUCAGACGGAUCCAAGCAUCCGUUCGUCGAUGCCAUGACGUACUGCGUGUCGCAGGCGACACUGCGUGGGCUGCGCUCGCCGCUGUGGAGGCGCCUGCCGAUUCCCUCAAACUACAAGUUUGACCAGUGCGUCAAGCUGAUGCGCGACACCCUUAAGGAGGUGAUUGAGGACCGCAAGCAGUCUCCUGACGCAACCAACAUGAAGAAGGACCUGCUGGGCGUUAUGCUCAAUGCCCGGGUCCCUGAUGAGAGCGGCGAGCUGGUGGGGCUGCCCGAGGAAGUUGUCCUUGACCAAUCCGUCACGUUCAUUUUUGCUGGAACUGAAACCACGGCCAGCACCGUAGCGUGGUCGCUGUACCUGCUGGACAAGCACCCGCGUAUUCAGCGGCGUCUGCUACAGGAGCUGGCGGAUAACGGCAUCACCCCGGAUGUGCCGCCCACAGUCAAGCAGGUCAGCCAGCUAAAGUUCCUGGCGCAGGUCCUGAAGGAGACGCUGCGUCUCUAUCCGCCUCUGUGGUUUGUGCAAAAGUCGUGCAAAAAGGACUGCAUUUUGCCUGGCGGUUACCGUAUCAGGAAGGGAUAUACGGCGUACGUCGACUUCUGGGCGAUGCAGCGGAACCCCAAUGUCUUUGACGACCCGCUCAAAUUCAACCCAGACCGAUUCAGCGAAGACAACAGCAAGAACAUCCCGCAUGGUGCCUGGACGCCGUUUUCGGCAGGCUUGCGCAGCUGCCUCGGAAUGCAGUUUGCUCUCAUGGAGAUGCGGAUUGCGCUGGCCCGUCUGCUGUCCAAGUUUGAGUUCCGGACAGUCAGUGGCAAGGAAGUGUUCCACGACCAGUUCAACGCGAUUGCGCGCCCCAUGGGGCUGGACAUGGAGAUCCAUGCGCGCACAGACUUCCCCAUGCCCCGCGAGUCUGAUGCUGUCGAAACCGACUUUGCUGCCAGCUCGGAGGAUCUGGUUGAUCUUGGAAAGACGGCUCCGUCUGGGCCGCUUGUUGUGAGUCCGGACGAUCUCCCGCGCACGCUCAUCGUGUACGGAUCCAACAUGGGCACCAGCGAGGACUACUCGCGGCAGAUGGCGGAGCAGCUCAAGCGUAUGGGUUAUGUGGACUUGGCCGUCAUGCCGCUCAACAAGUGGGAGCUCAGUGCUGCUAGAUCUGUCGACGGCAAGCGCACGCUGGUCAUUGUGAUUACAAGCACAUACAACGGGAUUCCGCCUGAUAAUGCGGCAGGCUUUGCUAAGAAACUUGAUGCCGAGACAGAUCCUGGGUUGCUCAAGGACGUCGAUUUUGUGCUGUUUGGUUGCGGCAACUCGCUGUGGCACACAUUCCUUCGGUUCCCGCGGCAUGUGUUUGACCGACUGAACGAGCUUGGCGCACGCCCCCUGACAGAUUUUUACUAUGGCGACUCGAAUGACGACCUGGAUGAAGAUUAUCUGCAGUGGUCGCUGCAGGUGGGCGCGCUCAUUGCCUCACGGUACGGGUCGGGUAUUGAUACGUAUCUCAGCGCAGUGACUGGCAAGGCGCUUCCAUUUGUUUUCAAGUCUGCUGGCACCACCAGAGCAGAGCCGCUUCGACUUGCAGCGGAGAACGCAGCCAUCAAGAUCAACCAGGAGCUGCAGGACGUCAAAAGAAGUGGUCGCAGCACACGCCAUAUCGAGAUCACUCUGGAUGACUCUACCGGUGUUUCGUACAAGACCGGCGAUCAUCUCAAUAUCUACCCGGUCAACACGCUAGGUGUUGUGCGCGAAGUUGCCGCGAUCAUGGGGCUCAAUCUGGAUAUGGAAUUUGAGCUGGAGCAGGUCUCUGAUGCUUCACGGUUUGUCCGCUCUGCAGCAGCAGCCAUCAAGGGCUGUGUGUGCACUGUCAGCGAUGUCCUUCAGUAUGUCUGUGACUGGAAGGAAGCGCCUUCGCGAGAACUCGCUAAUGCUUUAAGCGAAUCCUCUGGCGACGAUGCAGCCUACGAGGCACUGCGCAAGGCAGCGGAUGAUGUCAACACGCUGGGCAAACAGUCGGCUGGCUGGAGCGCGUUUACAGCACAGAAUCGCACUGUUCUGGAUGUGCUGCGCACGUAUGCGCCGCUCAUGUCCCAAGUUCCAUUUGCAACGCUACUGCACUUUGUGUCGGCCAUGGCGCCUCGUCGCUACUCGAUUGCCAGCUGCCAAGGUGUUGUUGGCAAUGAGGUUCAUAUUUCAGCUGCCAUCGUCAACGAUGCCGUCAAUGGGCGCUCCUACGGUGGCCUGGCAACCGAGUAUCUGGCAUCGUUGGAGCCGGGUGCUCGUGUAUCGGUGUCACAUCUCCCAGCGCAAGAAGUCUUCCACCUCCCACUCUCAUCAGAUGUGCCUGUGAUGUUUGUUGGUGCCGGUACUGGAAUUGCCCCGUUCCGUGGAUUCUUGCAGGAGAUGAAACUUGCUGGCAUUGGCGGUGCUACGAUGUACUUUGGCUGCCGCAGUCCCGAGUACGACUACCUAUACAAGGACGAGCUCGAGCAGUAUGUCCAAGAUGGCACGCUGUCCAAACUGCAAACGGCAUUCUCGCGUGUUGGCGAUGAGCGCAGGUAUGUGCAGCACCACAUUUCGGCAGAUGGGGCUAGGAUCUGGUGGCAUCUGCAGAAUGGCGGCCGCAUCUACGUCUGCGGAUCGGCUGACAAACUGGCCAAAGAUCUGACGGUUACUAUGACCCGUAUCUUUGAAGAACAUGGCGGGCUAUCUCACGAUGAGGCGAGCAAGUGUCUGUCGGACAUGAUCUCGGAUGGUCGCUACGCUCAGGAUAUCUGGUAACAGGUCAAGACGGAUAGUUAAUUAAUGUAUUCAUCCAAAUCUUGAGACAGUGUGAAGGCGAGAUCAUUGUCAUUGGCAUGUAGAGAAGCAGCAAAUGCAUGCGUGGGAUCCGAUGCUUGCGGUAUAUCGUGUGGAUAUGGAGCUGGCUCUAGUCAACAAGCCAGCUUCAGGCGAGCCGUGGCAAGGCGAGCCGAGAGGACCACUAAGCGGGGAGGCGAGCUGGAGGAUUAUCACAGUAAAAUUCGAUGUGGGAGUGUUUGGGCAGUGGAUCUCGGAGGUUGCGGAGGGUUUCAAUCGAUAUCAGGACAAUCUCACGCGAUCCGAUAACGGAACGGCGCCAGGAAGAACCGACAUGCGGGGAUUUUUGGUGUAGGAAGCUCGAUCGGAAAGUAACGCUAGAGCAGUUUAGCAGUUUAGCAGUU